AUGGAUGACGGCUAUCAGAAUGAAGACUAUUGGAAUGAAGAUUACCAGAAUGACAUUCUUUCAGACAAAUUUUCUCAGAAUGCUGAAGUUUCCUCAGAGUCAGAACCUGGAAGCGCAGAAACAACACCUUUUCUGUCUCUAGAAUCAGUGGUUUUGGACCAGCAAGGAUAUAAGAAUGCUGCGCAGGAAUAUGAGUAUAUCGGGUUUUCUGGCAUCCGGCUGAGAAGGCUACCAGAGAAGGGAGAGGAAAGAGAACCAGGUGAAAAGAAUUCCUGCUCUGAAAUCCUGUGGUCCUCCUUGAGCUUCCAGGUUUAUUCUUCUUUAUUUGCAGCACUGUUUACAUCUGAGGACGGCAAGUGGGGACCCUUUGGCAGGAAACCCUUCAUGAUCUUCUCAGUUCUGUUGCUCUGCUCCUUGAUCAUAACAACAGCUACACUCAUAAUGGCAUGUCUUAGAUGCUUUCCAAAGUGUGCAGAUGACUGGUAUAAGUUUCAGGAAAAAUGCUACUACUAUUCCACAGAAAAAAUGCAACAGAAUACAGCUAGAAGUUUCUGCCAAGCCCUAGGUGCAGAUCUAAUAGUGAUUGACAGUGAAAAUGAACAGGACUUUCUGAAAGAUGAACUGCAGAUAAGCGAGAACACUUGGAUUGGACUGACUUACAUAGAGGCUGAAAGAAAGUGGAUGUGGCAAGACUUCAAAAAUCAUUCCUACACAAACUGGGAUGGAAGGACAGAACCAAUCAGUUCCCGAUGCUGUGUGAUUUUGGACCCCAAGUAUGAAUUAAAAUGGAAGAACACCGAGUGCCUAAGACGCUUGGGCUUCAUUUGUGAAAAGAGCAGGCACAUUGCCUGUGCCCUGCAGUCCCCAUUCUUACCUCAUUGAAACUUGGCUAAUUUGUGGGCGUGUACAAGCAGAAUUGAUUCAUAGGAGUGUUUUUUUAAAGGUUGCAAGAACUUGCAGGGUU